CUAGGCAUGCAGACUGCUUCUACAAACAUUUGUGAAAGAAUGGGUCGUCCUCAGGAGCUCAGUGAGCUCAAGUGUGGUACCGUGAUAAGUUGCCACCUAGGCAAUAAGUCUAUCCAUGAAAUUUCCUUGCUACUAAAUACUCCACGGUACUGGGAACGACAGCAACUCAGCCACGAAGAAUAACAGAGUGGGCAGGCUGCCACUGGACUCCAGAGCCGUGGAGAUGUGUUCUCUGGAGUGACAGAUCACACUCCUCUGUCUGGAAAUCCAAUGGACUUGUCUGGGUUUGGCGGUUUCCAGGAAAACGGUACUUGCCUGACUGCAUUGUGGCAAGUGUAA